AUUGUUUAUGAAGAUUUAUUAACCUUGGUUGAUAAAUCAACUCUUCUUUUUACCUUAGUACCUGAAUAGCCUGAAUGUAGUAUAGAAGGAAAGUGAUUUAUUAUCCAUAGUCAAUAGAUGAGAUGCAAUCAGGGCUGUAACUAUCUCUUGUCCGUAAGUAAUGAAUGGUGAUUCUGUAUGAAUGGUGAUUCUGUAUGAAAUUACCUAAAACUUUUGAUAAUUACGGCAAACCCUAGUAAAUGUUUUUGGUAUUUAUAAAUACAUAUGUGCAUGGAUCGAUGGAAUCAAUGGAAAUUUGUAUUCGGUAUUCACAUGAUGAUAAAAAAAAAAAAUUGUCAUGAUGAAAACUGGAAUACAACAGCAUGCGCGGGUUCUGCGUCCAAAGAAUUCGUCUUCCGUGGACGUUGUUCAAGGAGACGCCGUUAGGUUGCAGUCCAGUGAUCGCGGCGGUGGUGGUGGAGUCACGCCGCGUGUGAAGUCACCGUCCCGAGGAGUAGGAAGUGCUGCUGCGAUCUGACAGUUCUCUAGUGUCGAUCAAGGAAGCUGGAACAUCUCAGUGUCGUUUUGCAAUUAUUUUAUACAGCUUGCUAUUGUGUGACUCCUCCACCUUAAGUGAAUUUUUAUUUUGCUUGACAGCAUAGUUCUUCUGUGAGAGAAAGCUGAAGGGGCGUUGGUCAUUGCCUCUCUGGGGUGGCGCCAGCAGUUUGCCAAGGGAACCCCAAGGUGACCGACGCGUUAGAUCACGGUGGUGCGGGGCGGCACACGUCAGGCACUGUGACUGUGGCUGAUGGCUGCCGUAUUGGUGGUGAGCUGCCUUGUGGGCGUGGCGUCUGCCGGUCACGCCCAGCAUGCCUCCUGGACGCAGCUUGAAGAGCUCUGGCAUGCGGAAUAUAAAGCUGUAGAGCGUAUAAAAACAGUCAUACAACCUGUUGCCGAACUUGGCGACGUGUUAAAGACGUACGUUGAAUCAUGGGAGGCGCUUGUUGACGGGUUGGAGCCGCCGGACUGGGGUUCGGAGGAUCCGGCUGCUGGAUUCUCUCUUUUACGCCACGUGGCAGAGGGCUGGACGCGGGUGGACGACGCCCUGCAGAAGACCAGAAGCAUCUUGCAUAUUAUAGAAUACCUGGCAUCGCGCCCCGACAGGGAACCGCUUCCCAACACUGACGACGUGGCAGCAGCAUCAGAGGCCGUGACCCGCCUCGCCCACGUGUACCGGCUCAACACCACCGCUCUGGUUGAGGGCGGCCGUCUCGUGCUGGACCCCGUGACAGGCUAUCACCACCCUCUCUCAGCAAAUGAGCUGACGUCCGUCGGUUUAGUGGCCGUCAAGAAAGGUUUCUUGGACGUAGGUGUUCAGUUCCUGAGGGCGGCGAAGUCACGGGCUUCUGUCGUCCAGCAGCCCCGUCUGGAUAACAUGCUGGCUGCUGCUGUUAAAGUGCAUGACCACGUGCUGGAGGUGAAUGGUCCUCGCUCGCUCGCCCACGUCACGGCCACGACACCCUACGGCGGUCCGAAGGAGGCGAGUCCAUCCAGGGUUGUGAAGGCACCUGUGGUGCUGGGCGUGGAGUACUUGAGUAGACACGCCAAUGCCACCUGGAUGUUGGAGAGGCGGCCACUGGUGGAGCAGGUGCAGGUGGAACGACUAUGUAGGGGCGAGGACCUCAGGCCUCCUCGUGUGACGUCGCGGCUGAAGUGCCGAUACGCGAAUGGCGGAAGUCCGUGGCUGGCACUGGCCCCCUUCAAGGUGGAGCAGGUGUCCCUGGACCCGUACAUCACUGUGGUGUAUGAAGUGGUGAGUCGUGGUGAAGCAGGCCAGCUCAAAAAGAAAAUGAAGAGUCGCUUACACACUCCCUACUUCCCCGGCAGCGACUCCCUCACCGCUGCCGUCGAGGGAGGCUGGUCACUGAAACACACGUGGCUGCAGGAGGCUGAAGCGGCUGUUUUGAUGGGUGUGGGGCGGCGUAUGAGACACCUUCUCGGAGUCACCCUCGACGAUGCAGCCUCAGAGCCUUAUAUGGUGGCAGAUUACGGGCUGGGGGGUGAGUACAGCGCUCACCGUGACACCCACGGCCCCACCAGGGCGCCCCCACACUCUCAUGUCGGCGAGAGGUUGGCCACAGUCCUCAUUUACCUGCAAACACCCACUCAAGGUGGACGUACGGUUUUCCCGUGGGUGGGUGCUGGCGUGGGUGGGACGGCAGGAGCCGCGAUGGUGUGGUGGAACCUUCUGUCGUCCCACGAACAUGACUUCCUCACCCGCCACGCCGCUUGUCCCGUCAUGCGCGGCCGCAAAACAGUGUUGACGAAGUGGGUGGGUUACGUGCCCCAGUGGAGAACGAUGUCCUGCUCCGCUGAUCCCUCCAGGAAGGUCAUGCUGCCUUGGCACUGAAGGCUUAUGCUUUAUCAAGGACUGACUGAACGGCCGUCAGCUGAAGGGAGAGGAGAGGGCACACCUUGCAAGAGUUGACAGACCCCCACCGUUAAGAAAAAGACGAAGAAAAAAUUGACAUAAAUAGAUCAACGAAUUGGUGUGAUCUAUACUAUAAUAGAAAAAAAGAGGAGAGAAAUAGUUAUUUUUAAUGCCACGUGAAGGAAAAGUUCGCUUUCUUGGUGGUUCUCGAUGUUAUCGAUAUAACAUGUUGUAAGGUAAUGAAGUAAGAAAAUAGUACGUAGUUUGUGAUGUGAGAAAUGUGAAGUGGACAGCUAUGUGAUGCUAAGUAAGGUCGACGAGACGGAAACAUGAUAGUAAGUCAAGAAGAAAGUCGUAUACUGCAUGCCUAAUUUAUGAUGUGUGAAAACAAAAAUGAAACUGAGGAUCAAGUGAUGCUGCCCAAGUCGAGGAAACAAAAAACAUGAUCGAGUUAAGAAAAAAAAAAAAGAAAAAUAGGAUAUCUAGUUUCUGAUGCGAGAGGGGAAAAAAACGAUCAAGUGACGGUGGCCAAGGUCGUGAGAAAACAACAGCACAGCAACACUAACCUUCAGAAGUUAAGUGAAGGAAACUACUGUGACUUCCAUGACGCUUUCUCUACCACACUAGCCUUCAAAGUUAGUGAAGGAAACUCUACCGUCAAUUCCAUGGAGUUUCAUCUACUUUUCGACCCCGAGGUGGUCACCUCUUCCAUCUUGCCCCCAUCAGGAGAGAGCUGGAGGACAGGCGCUUUCUCUCAUCGCACGCUUUCCUCUCUACGAGUAAGGAUCUCCACCUCCACUACAUUUAAGAGACUCUAGUUGAAAUGACACUGGUUUUUAAGGGUGUUUUUUAUGCUUAUAAUGACAGAUCAACAAGAUUUCUGCAUUAUUAACGCGAGAAACAGUCUUGAGAACUCGGCUAACCAUCUCUGUGGCCUUGAAAAAUAGUCGUGGUGAGAGAGCAAAGCGUUUUUGAAUACGGGACUAAGGACCACAUUCAGAAACGUUUCUGUGACGCACCUCCACUACAUUCAAGAGGCUCUAGUUGAAGUUACACUGAUUUUUAGGAAUGUUUUUACGGUUCUAGUGACAGAUUAACAAGAUUUCUGCAUUAUUAACAAAAAAAAAAAGUCUUAAAAACCAGCGCUAAUCGACUCUGUGGCCUUGGAAGACAAUCGUUCAAGCACUAAGACUUUCCCUCUCUGAAGUUUCGCGUUAACUUUGUACAUGCAUUAUUAAUUUAUCUCAGGUGCACCUUAGCUCUCAGGCACCAGUGGAGGAAAGGGUUUGUUGCUACAAGGCUACAAAAACAAGUACUUGACGGAAAGAGUAAAUAAAUAGGCGAAAGGGAAAAACAAUUAGACAUGGAUAGUAAAUUAAUAUACGAGAAGAAAGGAAAACUAGACACGAGUAUUAAAGAAAUAAGAGAGAAAAGGGGGAAAAUGUGCGAGAGAAGGAAGGAAAAUAGACGGAUAGUGAAGGAGUAAGCCAGAGAAGGAAUAAGAUAAUAAAGAAAGUAAACUAGACAUAGAUAGUAAGGAAUAAACAUGAGAGAAAAAAAGGGACAUGCAAUAAACGAAUGCGCAGAAGAAUAUGAAGUAGACAGUUGGUAAAGGAAUGAAUGAAAGAAGAAAGGUUAUAGAAAAUUAGACAUAGGAGGGGAAAAGAAACGAGAAAAGGAGGAAAAUUAUACAUUCUCGUAUAGUAAAUGAGUACUCAAGAGAAGGAGAAAAAAGGAGACAGCUGGUAAAGGAAUAAGGGAAA